UUUGUUCAACUCUGGUCAGUUAUAUAAUCAUUGAUUUAAACAGACAUUUCUAAAUUAAUAUGGAUGAAAAAAUAGUGAAAAAAACACAAGAUACUUUGGGUAAAGCUAUAAAGAAACCACCACUUACAGAAAAACUGCUGAACAAACCACCAUUCAGAUUCCUGCAUGAUGUCAUAACUGAAGUGAUAAAGAAUAAUCAGACCAUGCAUGGGCUUUAUAGCGAGGAUGAAAUGAACUCUGCAAAUGUUACGGAGAAAGACGCAAAAGUAACUUUUCUACAAAAAGCAAUAGACUGUAUUGGCUUUGCUCUUGGUGAAACUUUGAGUGUCAGACCGUCAAAAAUUGUGGCUGGGCACGAGCCAGAAAAAACAAAUGAAUUUUUGCAAGCGCUAGGAAAAUUAUGUAUAAAAAAGAUUGAUACAAGUGAUAGCGUAAAGAAAGUAUUAUCUGGCGAAAAACCAUCUGGCAAAAAAAAGAGUUCUCGUUCUGCAAGUAAAAGUGAUGAUGGAAAAAGUAGCAAAGAAAAAAAUCGAGAAGGUGAAGUGAUAGAUGAAAAACGCAGCAAGGAAAAGUUAAAAGAGCGAAGCGAAAAGAUAGAUGACAAAAAGGAGGAGAAAAAAGAUAAAGAAAGAAAACGAGAGAAGGAGAAAGAUGGAGAACAUAGGGAGCGCAGUAAGGAUAGAAAAAGUGACGCAAAUGAUGGGGAAAGUAAAGAAAGAAAAAAAGACAGAGACGGGAGUGGAAGGAGUAAAGAGGAUAGACCUAAAGAGGAAAGAAAAGAAAGAAAAAAAGAUCGUGUAGGGAGUUCUAAAGACAGAGAGGGAAGCUCAAAAGAUGGAGAUAAACGUUCUAAGGAUCGGGAAGGGAGUUCAAAAGAUCGAGAAAAAAGCUCUAGGGAUCGGGAGAAAAACUCUAAGGAUAGAGAGGGAAGCUCCAAGGAACGGGAAGGAAGUUCAAAAGAUAAGGAGAAAAGUUCUCGAGAUCAAGAUGGGGAGAAAGAUGGGGAAAGGAGCAAGAAAGAAAGAAAGUCUCGUGGAGAUGAUAAGGAAAGGUCGUCCAAAGAAAGAUCUGAAAAGGAUAAAGAAAAAAGCAAAGAAAGGAAGAAGGAUAGAGAGAAAAAAGAAAGAACAUCAGAAACGUCUUUGAACAUUGAUGUUGAUAAUACUGAGAGCGCCAAUAAUGCUGAUGAUGAUGAGCAAGAAGAUGAUCAGGGAAGUGGCAGAAGCAUUCAAAGGCCAGCUUCAGCUAAAGGUCAAAGAAGGCCAUUGUCUGAUGAGGAAACUCCAGACCAAGAUAAAGAAAAUGAGAUACAUCGGUCUGGAUCUAAAAGUUCUGUUACUGAUUCCAACCAACCACCUACUCGUCAACAAUCAGCGGUUCGUCGUCCUGCUCGUCCCAGCAGUGCCAGACCAGCACCUCCGAAAGUGAAGAAAAGUGAACCUACAGAAGAACCACAAAGAGUAACUUCUGGCAAACCAGUUGCACCAGUGAUCAUUGACACAGGAAAUGGAGUGGAAGAUGACGAUGAAGAUGACACUUUUAUUGUAGAAGAUGAUCCAUCCUUACAAAAUCUGCUCGAAGUUAAAUCAUCUGAAAGCAAUUCUGAUCUCAUCAAUACAGAAGAACACGGCAGCUUAGUUCGCAAAAUGUUGGAAAGUAAGAAAGAAGCUGACGCAAGACAGAACAAUAAGCAAGAGGAAAAACCUAUAAUUUUUGAUGCAGCUCGUAAAAAAGAAAGAGAGAUAGCUGAGAAAGAGAUUGAGAAAUUACGUGGUAGCAUUCAACAUCUUGUGAGGAGUGCACACCCGUUGGGUAAAAUAAUGGACUAUAUACAGGAAGACAUUGAUAGCAUGCAGAAAGAACUGAACAUAUGGAAAGAUGAAAAUAAGGAACACGAAAAAGCUCUCAAAGCAGAACAAAGUAUAACUGAAAGUGAGAUCGAACCACUACAAGCGCACCUGGCAGAAUUAGAACUAGAUAUUACAGAAAUGAUGGACAACAUAAGCACAGUAAAGUCAAAUAUAUUACGAAAUGAAGAAAAAGUAGAAGAUUUGGUGAUAGGAAUAUCUAGGUGAACACUUUCAAAAACCGACGUGACGUAUACAUGUAUGCUGUAUACGACGUGACGUGUACAUGUAUGCUGUAUACGACGUGACGUGUACAUGUAUGCUGUAUACGACGUUUCACUACUGUAUAUUAGAGUUAUAUCAGAAAUUUUCUUACGAAAUACGGCAUAGACAGUCCUUGUUACAAAUACCUUAUCUAUAGUCAUUUGAUAAUUUGAAAAAAACUAACACUCAUGAGGGUCAAUUAUGCAGUACUCUAGUGUAGCUAGUAAAACAAAAACAAAAAAGAAUAUAAAAAAUCGAUUAGGAGGUUUAUAUGAGACUGGAAUUAAGGUAGAGUAAGAUUUCACGCCGCAUCAAAAAGUUGACAUUUGUUUCACUUUAAGUGGAUUUAAAAUUUUUUGUGUACGCCUAAGUAUUCGUGGGUAGUGUUUACAUAAAUUCUUGCAUCGGUUUGAAUUUCCCUGUUAGUCUUUUGUAACUUUAUACAUGUCUCAAUUGGACAGCGUAAAAAAUUAACUUUUCAUCAUUGCAUAUAUUUAUGUGAAGGGAAUAUAUUGUAAAUAUAAGUGCGUUUUCUAGAGGUUAUAUUUCUUCGUAGUUAUACAAUGUUUAUUAAACAUGUAAAUAUGUUAAUAAAUGUUCGUCCUCACCACGAAUUUGAUAAAAAUAUCGACAAUAAGCCCAGUGCUUUAUAUUUGCGCUGUUUUAUUUAAAUUUAUGUUGUGAAUUGUAAAAUGUGUUAAGAGGAUAAUAAUAUUUGCUGUA